UAAUGGAGAAUAGUAGCAGAACACUUCUUGUCAGGCAUUUGCCUACAUCUCUUUCGUUUGAAGAGAAAGAGGACUUUUUAAGACAUUUUGGAGCUGUUGAAGUCACGGUAAUGGAAACCAGAGGACGAAUGAGGAACUGUGCGUUUGCAACCUUCGGUACCAAUUCUACUGCUGAAAAGGCCAUGUCAAGGCUUCAUCAACUGAAAAUUCUUGGUAGUCAGCUAGUUAUAGAAUUUGCCAAUGCAGGUCACAUAAAGCUUCAAACUCAAGAGCAAGCAAAACAUGGUUGGAACUAUAAGAAUAAACAUGAUAAAGACAAGGUGUCUCUGCAAGCAGACAAUGAGUCUUGUAAUUCUCAGUGUACCUUACCACUGACUGAUGCUCUUGCCCCACAACAUGGGUUAACGUAUCCACGGACAAGAAGUCUUCGUUAUGCUUAUCCACCACCAACCAUUGACACUCUUGUUAACAUAUCCCAUGCUCUUGCUUGUGUGACUGGUUUCUAUGAGCAGGUACUACAUCUCAUGAACAAAAUGAACCUUCCUCCUCCUUUUGGCCCAGCAACACUUCUGCCACCUAACUUGGCAAACAGUGAACCUUCACUACAGCUCUCUCCUCCGGUUUCUCCCGCAAGAAAAUACGAUGUAGAGAGUGAUGAGUCAGAGAUGGAGACUGAUGAAGAAUUUAAGUCUCAGCCUGUACCCUCAAUAGUGAUCCCAAAUACAAAACAUCGUAAGCGAAGACCUGUACCUGCUGUUUUCACACUUACAGACAAACAGCCUCCUCAAAUCAAACGAAGGAAGUUGUCUGUUGGCACUGAUAAGGUUUUCGAACGCCCCACAGAGACAAGAAAGGCUAGUCUGCAUCUGCUGAUUGGUGCUACUCUUGAAUAUGCACAAAAACUAGAUCAGAACCCAGAACAAACACCAGAUGAAAUAGCAGGCACUGUGGGGUUUGGUAAAAUAGUCCCACCACCAUGCAUCAGUAAAGAACAGACAGCGGAUGAAGACAAGCACUUUGGUGGUGGAGUUGUGACUGAAAUAGAACUUAAAGAAAAUCGCUUAUCUGAAAAUGAAUUAAAGAUGCAUUCGGCAUUCAAAAAUUAUUCACCUGGACAGCCAGCUAGUCGUCUCUAUGUUAAAAAUCUCUCCAGGAAAACAACUGAAAGAGAUCUGAGUCGUGUAUUUGGACGGUACAUCAACCAGCACUCUGAUGAAGACAUGCUUUGGUUCAAUAUUCAAGUGAUGACUGAAGGGCGGAUGAAAGGUCAAGCAUUUGUUGGUCUUCCAAGUGAAGCCGUAGCCACAAGAGCAUUAACUGAAACAAAUGGAUUUAUGAUUCAUGGUCGCCCCAUGUGUGUGCUAAAGCAAUUUGCCCGAAGUGCCAAAGCAAAGCAGAAGGACAGUCAAAGUGCAAAAGGACAACGGUCAGACUAACCUCUCAGUUAACGGAUUUAUCAGUAACUUGGCCAGUCUAACGUCUAUGGACAUUAUAUGUACAGUAGAGAAAAUUGUAUCAAUUGUUUGAUUUAUUUUGAUAUCUAAAGACACUAUA